AUGGCAGCUCCUUUCCCUUCUCCAACAACAACAUGGCACUCCAAGGCCUACGACAAGAUUGACCCAAAGCGUCCUGAACUUUCAGCCAAGGGAAAGAAUGUACUCGUCACCGGUGGUGGAAUUGGCAUAGGAGCUGCUGUUGUCAGAAGCUUUGCUGAAUCGGGCGCAUCCACCAUUGGUAUUUUGGGGCGCACUGAAAGUGCUCUUCUGGAAACCAAGGAGAGCGUUGAAUCGGAGUUCAAGUCGACCAAGGUCAUUGUCUUGGUCGCUGAUCUUACCGAUGAAGCGUCAGUAACUAAGGCACUGAACCACUUCAAUAGUUCCGCGGGCUUGAUUGAUGUGCUCGUUCAUAAUGCAGCCUACAUGUCGGAUCUAGCGCCUAUUGCAGACGCCAAAGUCGAUGAAUGGUUCAAGAGCUUUGAGAUCAACGUUAAAGGGUCGUUUAUCAUUACAAAGGCUUUCCUUCCUUUGGCAGCCAAGAACGCCGUCUUAAUCGCGUCGGGAACAGGGGCUAUCUCGUUCCUGAUGCCGAAGACCUCGUCCUACCUCCCUUCGAAGCUUGCAGAGUCUCGGUUCUUCGAGCAUGUGCAAUCUGAAAACCCGCAUAUCCGUGUUCACAAUUUACACCCUGGCGGCAUCCAGACCCGCAUGGCUGACAAGACUCAAGCCGCCGGAAUGGAAAUCCCCAUGGACGAUAUUUCCUUGUCUGGCGCAUUCACUGUGUGGUUGGCAAGCGAAGAAGCUGCUUUCACUAAAGGAAAGUUUCUUUGGGCUAACUGGGAUGUCACCGAGCUCGAAGCCAUCUCGGAUAGACUGCGUGACACCUCAUACCUUUCCAUUGGUGCGGUGAUUGAUGGCUUCCCAUUCGCUCAAUAA